CAUGCAUUACAUUUGGAAUUGAAUGUAAUUAAAACUUAAUACUAAGCAUGUGUUUUUAAUGUCUAAUGCAAAUAAUUUGAUGUUAUUUUCCUCAUCUGUUAAUAUAUCACAAACAAGAUAUAUCACUGAAAACCAACUCAAAGUGUGAAAUAGUGGGGGGAAAAACAUUUUUUGACCAUUUUAAGAAAACUACCAAUCAGUCUUGUUUUGGCUGGUUUUUCACAAUGUCUAUGCAAUGUCUAACAACAACAUACAUAGGCUUUUCUAAUGCAUAUAAGGGACUGAGUGAGAGAACGACUAUGGGACAGAGACCCUUAGAAACAGCUGACUUCCCACAAGACAAAUGCCAAUGUCUGUCUUGAUACUCUAAGUGCUUUUCAAUUGGUUGGGAUAGUUAAAAAUUAUUUAAUGUAUUUGAAAGUCUCUUAUGCUCACAAGGCUUCAUUUAUUCAAUAGAUCAAUUCAGUUUAUUGUUGAUGAUCUCAUUAUUUUUCAUAUGCAUCUGCUUGCAGCUUACAUGAGAUUUCUUUUUCUGAUUUGCUCAUUUAUGUUUCUUUUUUUCCUGUGUUUUGAUCUGGAGAUACUGAACUCGUUCAGGAGAUGUGUAAUAGCGCCCCCUACCUUUUUUUAGUGAUAACACGGAAAAAAACACGUCAUUGGCAGAAAAAGAGUUAAAGAGCAUAUUGCAGCAUAUAUCUGAUGGCGGAGACUGGGCACACAGUGUUAUUCCCACCAGGGGGCCUCCUCCAAUCAGACCCUAGCAUCACUGUUGAGUGCAGUUCAGCAGAGGUAAUGCCUGAAGAUGUACUCCCGAAGAGCUCCAAAGAAACAUCAUUUUCUUCAAAAGACCUCAAAGAUGGCAGUUUUAAUGACCAACAUCAGAAUAAACACUCAUGUUCACUGACAGCACACAGGGAACAUGUCUUGUCCCCUCACAAGGUCUUAAAUGAGCACAGUCUGUUAUCAGUACAGAGAAGCCACUCAGACAGCUUGCAGAUUUUCAAACAGUCCACAGCUUCGCCUCUCUACUGUGAAACGGGCGACACUUUUUGCCAAGGACGAGACCAGGAUGUUUGUGCGCAGUCAUUUCCUUCUUUAGUGUGUAAACAGGCCAUGCCGCUUCAGCAGAGCAAUACGGUGACCACGUCCACCAGAGCUGGAGGUAGCGGGUCGGGCAGCCCCACUCAACCAGCCAAUCAUGGCUUCAUUCAGGUCUGUGAGAUCAUUCCAGAAUCCACCUGCCCCAAAUUCGAAGAGGCUGAUUGUUGUAAUUCACACUACCACCAUGGAGCCGUCGAUGACACUUUUGCGGCAUAUUGCCACCCGCAGCCCAUUCCUGCCCCAGCGCAGCUGCUUCCGCACUUAGUGGGAAUGGAGGAGAACUACAAGGGUCAAGUAUCAGCAAACAACCUCCUUGCUCUUCCUCGGCUCAUCUCCUCCGUCAGCGAGACCGGAUUGGAUGGUAAGCGACUCCUCCGCUGCUGCAAUCUGGACUGCUCUUGGCCUGGUCCGUGGUGUCCAGUUGGCGCCCAGCGGUGGAUGGAUCAAAAGACCACAAGGGAAGCAGAGACUAUGACUUCACAAAAUGAACUUAGAAAUGUAGGAGUGCAAGUGGGUCAGGACUCUGAGGAACAUCCCCAGCACGUGUUCCCAGAAGUGUGUCUGGUUGAGGAGAAGACGAAUGUGAAAACAGUGUCAAAGAGUCAAAAGUCUCAUGUGAAGGAGGUGAAAUGGGAUGCCGAGGGCAUGACAUGGGAGGUGUACGGGGCCUCGGCCGACCCUGAGGAACUCGGACUUGCGAUUCAGAGACAUCUGGAGAUACAGAUUAAAGAGACUAAGGGAAUAGCGGCGAAGCUCUCGCGCCAGAACACAACAACAACCCAGCUCAGCUCUGGAUCGACCCAAAGAAGAAAAAAGGGGUUACUGGGAUCUCUGCGCCGCCCGGGAUGCUGUUCUCGCACCACUGGUGCAGUAGACUGAAAAACCAACCUGACUGAGACCCCAAAUGGACAUUUCUAAUAUUCUUAUUGGGUAUAGAUUUGACAGCCAUGUAAAUAACAGGUCCAAAAUAGUUUUUUUUAGUAACGUUACUAUCAACCUCAACAAUAAUAAAUUUCAGAAAAAAAUAAACAUGUCUUCCGUUAAUUGUUAACACCUUACUUAAUUGCUGUAGUAAUUUGCUCAGUAUAUUAAAACAUUAUUUUGUAAUAUUUAAAUGCUGUUUGGUUUAUGUUUCCAUCAGUAAAACAUAAUGAUUAUGACUAUG